AUGGAGUUGAAAGUGAGCGUGGACGGCGUCGAACGAAGUAUUUCUGGUGUUUCUAAUGAAACCACUUGUGCACAGAUUAUCUACGCCUUAGCUCAUGCAAUUAGCCAAAAGGGACGUUUUGUAAUGAUUGAGAAAUAUCGGAAUAAGGAGCGUCGCCUUUCACCGAUUGACAAGCCUCUUGAACUGCUUGAGAAAUGGCGUGAGCAUAUGUCUAACGUAACGUUUGUUUUGAAGAAGAUUGACGAUGAGGAUGACAACAGCUUGCCAUCGAAUGGGACACCACGUACUUAUGGGUUUCAGAUGGAGUUGAAAGUGAGCGUGGACGGCGUCGAACGAAGUAUUUCUGGUGUUUCUAAUGAAACCACUUGUGCACAGAUUAUCUACGCCUUAGCUCAUGCAAUUAGCCAAAAGGGACGUUUUGUAAUGAUUGAGAAAUAUCGGAAUAAGGAGCGUCGCCUUUCACCGAUUGACAAGCCUCUUGAACUGCUUGAGAAAUGGCGUGAGCAUAUGUCUAACGUAACGUUUGUUUUGAAGAAGAUUGACGAUGAGGAUGACAACAGCUUGCCAUCGAAUGGGACACCACAAAAGGGUACGGAUUUCUCAUCCUCCGCUUCUACGAUCUCCGCGUUCCAGAGCGUUUCUAGCAGCAGCAUGCCUACAGCUAUGCCAUCAGGCAAGCCGAUUGUAAUUCCUCAAAACAUGAGCACUACCUCACUGCCAACCAUCCCGUUGAGAUCAACUGAACGUUUCCGGCCACCUCCACCAGAUUACAAUUCGGUUAUGGAGCAGAAAUUUGCAUCACUUGGUCGCGGAAUACACCCUCAUCCACCGAUUUCGAUGCUGCAGGAUGACGAUAUGUCGAUUGCAAGGAUGGGUCUGAGCCAAAAUGAUUUACUCGUUCUAAUAGAGAAACAGCGACAGCUAAUCGAAAGACAAAGAGAGAAUCUUCUGAAUGCUGAGUUGACGUUACCAUCCGAUGCAGAUCGUGAAUUUCUCCAACUUCAACGCCAACAGGAAAACCUCCGCAACAUCCUAGCUCCCAUGAGAGAGUCGAACUGGCCUCAACAAUACCAAAAGCAGCUGAAGCAGUCACACAAGCUGCGAGCUGCUAUUGAAGCGACGAAAGAGGCCAUUGAUAAAACGGCGAGCGAUAUCGAAAACAUUCGACUACGAGAACAGGAGCUGCAAAAGAGGCUGACUGAGUUGAAUGAAUCCACAACAGCACCGCAACGGACAGCUGCUUCGCUUCCAAUUGGAUCGUCGUCGUCAUCGCCAAAGCUGAAGGCCUGCUGA